UUUUCUUUUUUCUUUUUUUUUCCUCUUCCUGUCACUAUCGGAAAAAGAGAGGAGGGGACAGAGAGAAACGUUUAAACUUUGUAAACCCUAACCCUGGCUUCUUCAAGACUAACGCGAACACUUAUCUAACCCUAAGUCGAGACGGAAAAGUCAAGCGUCCUCGUUCUCGACGUCUUAAUCAUGGGGGCCGUUUGCUUAUAGUUGUCCAAUUAUGUUGUUCGGAGAGUUCGAUUUGGACCCGGCGGAGAGAUUUUUUUAUCGGGGAGGGGUUGAAUUGUGCUCCGGGGAUUUGGGGAUUUAGGAGGAGGAGGAGGCGGAGGCGGAGGCGGAGGAGGAGAUGGAUGAGUGGAAGUGGUGGUGUUGGCACCGAGGAAAGGCCACCAAUUUCGUCCAUCACGAGCCGGAGCCUUUCUCCCUUCCCUCGCCCAUCCCCGAAUGGCCCGAAGGUGAAGGGUUUGCUGAGGGAAAAAUAUGCAUUGGAGAACUGGAAGUUGUAAAAGUGACCAAGUUCCAGAGCAUUUGGAGCUGCUUUUCGUCUAGUGCUAAUGGAGCUACAUUCUAUCAACCUUCAGAAAUACCAGAUGGUUUCGUUAGCCUUGGUCACUAUGGCCAACCGAAUGACCAGCCAUUACAUGGUUUUGUUCUUGUGGUGAGAGAGCUUACUGAUUCCAAAGCAACAACUGAUCUGCCAGCUCUUCAGAAACCCCUAGAUUAUACACUUGUUUGGAGUUCAGCUGACUGGACAGAAGAUGACCAUGAUGAUUGUGGUUACUUCUGGCUUCCAUCACCUCCAGAGGGUUAUAACUCUCUGGGUUAUUUGGUUACCAAAGGACCUAACAAGCCCUCCCUUGAAGAAGUUAGAUGCGUUCGAUGUGAUCUAACAGAGACGUGCGAGGCUUAUGAUUUGAUAGUUGAUAUGGAACCCAUGUUUCCGGAGUUCCCCUGCCAAAUUAGGAAAGCAAGGCCUUCUAUUCGGGGGAUGUGGGAAAAAGGUCUAUCUGUUGGAACAUUCUUCUGCAGUACUAACUCUAUCUUUGAAGACGAGCUGAGCAUUUCUUGCUUAAAGAACCUUGAUUCUUCUCUACAAGCAAUGCCAAAUUUAGAGCAGAUCCAUGCAAUCAUGAAGCAAUAUGGUCCUACUGUUUUCUUCCAUCCAAAAGAAUGUUAUUUGCCUUCAUCAGUUUCAUGGUUUUUCGAGAAUGGAGCUACUUUAUAUACAAGAGGUAUAAAAGUGGGAGAGGAUAUAAAUGCCAAAGGUUCAAACCUACCUGUCGGUGGUGAAAAUGAUGGAGAAUACUGGAUAGAUCUUCCUCAGGAUGAAAGGGCUGACUAUGUCAAGCAGGGUAGCAUGGAUAGCUGUGAACUCUACGUUCAUGUGAAACCAGCUCUAGGGGGCACAUUCACUGAUCUUGCCAUAUGGGUGUUUUGUCCCUUCAAUGGCCCAGCUACAAUAAAAGUUGGGGUGGCCAGUUUCUCUCUCAGCAAGAUUGGGAGGCAUGUUGGAGAUUGGGAACAUUUUACGCUUAGAAUAAGCAAUUUUACAGGUGAGCUUUGGAGUCUCUUUUUUUCACAGCAUAGUGGAGGAGAGUGGGUGGAUGCUUCUGGCUUAGAGUUUAUUGAAGGUAAUAGAGCUGUAGUUUAUUCUUCAAAGAGUGGGCAUGCGAGUUUUCCACAUCCUGGAACUUACCUCCAGGGUUCUGAAAAGCUUGGAAUAGGUGUAAGGAAUGAUGCUGCACAAAGCAAUCUAUCGGUGGAUUCCAGUGUCAAGUAUCAGAUUGUUGCAGCAGAAUAUCUUGGAGAUGCUGUGUCCGAACCUAAGUGGUUGCAGUUCAUGAGAGAGUGGGGCCCAACUGUCAUUUACAAUUCAAAGACAGAAUUAGAUAAGAUACUUGGUUUUCUCCCAUUUAAUCUCAGGUUCACGGUGGAAAAUAUAUUCGACAGCCUUCCCAUGGAGUUAUAUGGAGAAGAAGGACCAACAGGACCAAAGGAAAAGGAUAAUUGGGAUGGUGACGAGAGGUGCUAGCAUUCCUUUCUCCAGAUCUGUUCAUCACCUGUUCCAUUUACUAUUGUUAUGUGAUUCCAGGAUAAGUAUAGUAUCUGGGAGAUGAAACAAUCAUUUAUGCAGCAAAUGAGAGUCUGCUGCAAUCAUUCUUUUGCAAAUUGGAAGUGAGGAAGGUAAUUAGCUCUAUCGUUUAAUGGUGCGUUUUAUUGUAAAUAUAAUGGAUGUACUUCCACGGAAGUCGUAGGUGAGUUUGCUGAGGGUAGCUUAAGGAGAAUAGGGGAAUGCUUAAGGUGACUCGUUCUCGGGUCCCUCUUUGUAGUUCUUUCCUUCAUACACUCCUUGUAUUUCAUCCAUCAAAAGGUGUGGGCAUGCGAUAUCUUAUAAAUGUAAUAUGAAUAUAAUGGUGUGUAUUUUGACACUUUAUGGUCUUAUUACUACGUAUGUUAGCAGGGUGCUUCAUUUCUGCA